AAUACAUGUCAACUAUUUUCUUCUGUACAGAGUCAAUUAGACCGUUGCUCCUCUACCUAAAAACACCUCGCGAAAGUAACCCACUCUCCACUUUCUUCACAUAUUUUUCUCUGCUCGUCAGCCAUGACUGUAACAAGAGUGGCCGCUUCUCACACGAUGAAACUCAUGAAGCUCACUCUAUCUAUUCUUUUCCCACGCUUUAGCUCCUCCAGAUGUAAAACGGCGGCGAAAAUGGCGGUGGCGAGGAUAAAGUUGCUGAGGAAUAAGAGAGAGGCGGUGGUAAGGCAAAUGAGGAGAGACAUUGCGUUGCUUCUUCAAUCUGGUCAAGAUGCCACUGCUCGUAUUCGGGUUGAGCAUGUAAUCAGAGAGCAGAAUGUUUUGGCUGCAAAUGAGUUUAUUGAGCUCUUCUGCGAGUUAGUAGUGGCCAGACUUUCAAUAAUUGCAAAGCAAAGAGAAUGCCCGGCAGACCUGAAAGAAGGGAUAGCUAGUAUAAUUUUUGCAGCCCCAAGGUGCUCUGAAAUUCCAGAAUUAGUUGCGAUGAGAGAUAUAUUUGAGAAGAAGUAUGGGAAAGAUUUUGUGUCUGCAGCUACUGAUCUGCGACCCAAUAGUGGUGUAAAUCGCAUGUUAAUUGAAAAGCUCUCUGUUAGAACUCCUACUGGGGAAGUAAAGUUGAAAAUCAUGAAGGAAAUUGCAAAAGAACACCAGAUUGAAUGGGAUACAGCAGAAUCUGAAAAGGAGCUUCUCAAGCCUCCAGAGGAGCGCAUAGAGGGACCUAACACUUUUGUUAGUGCUACAAGUUUUCCAGUGAAACCAGCUCCAAGUUCAACUACUGAGACAAAAAAUCCAACUAUCAAACGACCAACUAAUGAAGGGAUAGCAGGCAAUAUACAGUUUGAAGACACAGCAUCAGCUGCAGCUGCUGCUGCUGAAUCCGCUAAGCUGGCAAUUGCAGCUGCACAAGCUGCUGCUUAUCUAGCUAACAAAAACUCCACUCAGGCCUCUCUACCACCUGGCUUUGAUCAUACAUUGAACACUCCAAGCAUCAAUCCCAGAUUUGGAGUGCUUCCCAGCCAUUCCACUGGUCUUCCCAGUGCAAACAAUCCCUAUAUCAACCAUCAAGUCAUGGAUCAUCAAGCUAACGGCACCAGGAGGUUACAUGAGACACAGGACUAUGAACGGUCUCGUUAUCCGAGCAGUGAGGAGACGAGAUCAGUGCAGAUGAAUGGUGAUUGUGAACAUAAUUAUAGGAGACAUAGCUACAAUGAAACAAGGCCAAUGCAUCUGGAUAGUCAAAAUGUUUACAGAAGACAUAGCUAUAAUGCCUCUUCUCCAAAGUCACAAAUAAAAUUUGAUGAAUCAGACUGUGAUGAAGAAAUUGAAAUGGAAGAUUCACCAGCUGGCAUAUACCCACCGCCGCCUACACGGCCUCCACCACCAAUACCUUCAUCUCAUGUAGCCCCAGUUCCUCAAGUUCAUCCAAAAUUACCAGAUUAUGAUGCAUUAGCUGCUCGCUUUGAAGCUUUGAAGUAUAAGAAGUCGCAAACUUAGAACUUCAGAAUCCCUUGAGCCUUGAGCAGCAAUUUUUGUUGGCUUUUGACAAGCUUUUGCAUGGUAUGGAUGAUCCUAAAUGUAAUAGAUAAUUGAUAACAAAUAUAUAUAUAUAUACACCUAUAUUUUGUAAUAUCCAUAAAAUUAUAUCAUUCUGGUCGAUUCUAUUAUAUGAACUCUAUUCUCAUUGUCAAUGUUUA